GAGUGUGUAUGGAUGAGAAGUGAAGCUAGCCGGCAUUCAGUUAUCAGUAAGACCGGCGAACUGUAGGCCGCGUAGUGUAUAGUGCAGAAAAGCUAUUCGAAGACAGAAAGAGCAGACAUCAUAAAAUGGCGUAUUCAGAAAUUGUACAAAACCUUCGCGCUGCAUUCGAUAGUGGGAAAACCCGGAAUGUUGGAUUUAGGGAGAAACAGCUACAGAACUUAAUGCGUAUGUACGAGGAGAAUCAUACGGAAAUGGCCCGGGCUUUGGCAUCCGAUUUACGGAAACACAAGCAAGAAGCCUACGUAAUGGAAAUCGAUUACUUGAUGAAUGAUCUGCGCAGUAUCAUCUUAAAUCUGCGUGAUUGGGUCCAACCAAAGAAGCCUGAGAAAACGAUCGUCAAUAUGAUGGACGGUGUGUUUAUUUAUAAUGAUCCUUAUGGUGUAGCUUUGGUUAUCGGAGCCUGGAAUUAUCCAUUGCAACUUACUCUCGCACCGGUUGCGGCAGCGAUUGCAGCAGGAAACUGUGUCGUGAUCAAACCGAGUGAAGUUUCUCCGGCCUGUUCUAAAUUCAUAGCCAACACUGUUCCGAAGUAUUUAGAUCAAGACUGUUACCGCGUUGUCGAAGGAGGUGUAAAGGAAACUACAGAAUUAUUGCAACAAAAGUUCGAUUACAUUUUUUUCACUGGUGCAAACCGAAUAGGAAAGAUUAUACAUAAAGCUUGUUCUGAAAAUUUAACUCCUUGUACCCUGGAGCUCGGAGGAAAGAGUCCUUGUUAUAUCGACAGUUCAGCGGAUAUCGCAAUUGCAACGAGGCGCAUUUUAUGGGGCAAAUUUAUUAAUGCUGGUCAGACUUGUAUAGCUCCAGAUUACAUAUUAUGCUCUAAAGAUAUUCAAGAACAAUUUCUGAAGGAAGCUAAGUCUAUACUUAAGGAGUGGUAUGGAGAAAAUCCUAAGCAUAGUCCUGAUCUAUGCCGCAUAAUCAAUCAACAACAUUUUAAACGACUGAGCGGUUUACUUAAGGGUGCGAAUGUUGCAAUUGGAGGUGAUGUCGACUCCGCAGAUAACUAUAUUGCACCAACAAUUUUAACGAAUGUUAAAUCAGAAGAUCCAGUUAUGCAAGAUGAAAUUUUCGGACCAAUUUUACCAAUUUUAGUCGUAGAAAACGCCAAUGAUGCAAUCAAGUUCAUCAAUGCAAGAGAUAAACCUUUGGCACUAUAUAUAUUCAGUACAAAUGAAGCAGUAAGAAAUCUAAUCAUUGCUAAUACUUCCGCUGGUGGAAUGUGCAUCAACGAUGUAUUGGGACAUUUUGCAGUUGAGUCACUGCCCUUUGGAGGUGUGGGUCCCAGUGGUAUGGGAGCAUACCACGGUAAAUAUGGGUUUGACACGUUCACACACAAGAAAUCAUGUCUGAUAAAGGAUUUCAAUGCCGUUGGUGAAAAACUAGCAUCCUCGCGAUAUCCGCCUUACUCAGAUGGAAAAUUAUCUUUCUUGUCAACAGUUCUGAAGAAGCGCAGGAGUAUUUCUUUGAAAUGUGUACCAUACUUAUUUAUAUUUGGACUGGGGGUCGCUUCUACACUAAUAGUGAAUUGUUUGAGAGACUUUUCUUCAUAGGACAAUAAGUAGACUGGUGACAGUAUUUUGUGCUGUUACGUCACUUCCUCUUUAAAGUGCAGCUGACGAAAUGGUGGUGAUCGGUUCUCUAAAAGACAUUCUAAGUAUGUUGUAAUGCAUCACGAUGUUAUGAAAUGAAUUUUGGUUUUUAGUGUAGAAUAAAAUCACUUGUUUAAUCGA